AUCAACACACACAGACGUCUCACGCGGCUUACUAGAUACAAGCUCUUCAAACCAUUCUGGGAUAUUAUCCUAAACUUUUGGGACACUGAAGGAGAUUUAAAGAGGGAGCAAUGCAAUUAGUUGAUGUGGAGUUAGAGAAACACGUGGAGAUGUUGUCCUGUGAGAACAGGACGUCCACAAACAGCCCAAAACUUCUGUCACACUCUAUUGAGGAAAUACUGAAAAAACCUUCAUGUUUGACCGUGCGAUCUGACAGAACGGACAAGAAACUUAAAACAUCUGGAUGUACACAGUCCAAGAUAAAGACAGACGCUCCAAAAAUCAGCCAAAACACAGCUCGAGGGUCGGGUCGCAGACGGGUACGGACCACAUUCACCGUGAGCCAGCUGGAGGAGCUGGAAAGAGUUUUUCAGGAAACACACUAUCCUGACGUUCACACCAGAGACCAGCUCGCCUGUCGAACGCAGCUGUCUGAGGGAAGAGUACAGAUCUGGUUCCAGAACCGGCGGGCGAAGUGGAGGCGCAGUGAAGCUAAAGCAGCACACAGACCUCUAACAGUGCUGAGAGACACUAAACACCUCCUGACUCCUGUCCUCUGUGUUCCGUACCUGAGCUUUCAGCAGAAGUUCUGGCUGCCCGAGUCAGUCUGUCCUCCUAUUGGUUCUCCUGAACAUGCCACACUUCAACAUCAUUCAUUCUUCUGACCUCAGCGCUUUCAUGAGCCACUACACAAGAGACAUUUUCAACUUCAGUCUUAUGAAGAUCAAAGAUCCACUCUGGAAUAAAAUGACAUAUCAUGUCUUAUAUUAUAUCGAUAACAGCUUUUCCUCCCCGAUGUAUAUAAACAUGACUGUAUCAUGUGUUUUAUUUUUAAGAAUUGCCUUAUUUUUAUUUUAAAACAGAAAUCAUACGUGAAGUGGUGAACGUGUGGCAUGCACUAAAUCAAUUUCCUUAUCCCAUCACAAUAAAACCCUGAUAAAACCACUAAGUAAAUAAUAUGAGUUGUGACACAGCACUCACCGACUGAACUGAUGGAUUCCCAGAAUCAUACAAGAAGACAAAUGAUGAAAUAUCAGUUGAGAAAAAGGCUCGCAAAUGUAUUUUCUCACAAAUAUGACAUCUGUAAUUCAAUUUCACAUUCACAAACUGCAGCUUAUGCAUGUGUCUAGAGUUAAUUUAACAUCCUAGAUAUGUAUUUAAAUAAUUGCUUAGAACAAAAGUUCUAUUAAGUGGCAUCAUGAUGUUAUCGCCGCGCUCCAUGAGAUGAACUUGUAAACUUGAAUGGAUAUGGAGCCAUAAAUGAAUUUUGUUGUCGAAAUGUCUAAUUAUCAUGAAUUGGUUUAUUGGCUCUUAAGCCAUAAAGUUGGGUAUUAUAUUAAUUUGACUGAGUUCACAGGCAGGUCAGGACGGGUAGAGAGGGCAAACGCAAGGGGGACUGCAUUAUGAAUGCUGGAGGAAAGCAGAUGACAGAUAACAGCAAAAAUCAACCCCUAGUCUGGAGUUAUCCGAGGGCAACGGGGUUGAUUCAUUAAAUAAAUGACAACUAU